AUGGGCAAAGGUAAAGAUUUGAGUGACUUUGACAAAGGGCAGAUCGUGAUGGCCAAACGCCUGGGGGAAAGCAGCUCUAGGAUCUCUGCACUGGUGGGCUGCUCCAGAUCCACUGUGAUUAGCAUCUAUCAGAAGUGGUGCAAAGAAGGGGAGGCUGCCAGCAGGCGCCAGGGUCACGGACGCCCCAGGCUCAUUGACACUCUCGGGGAGCGAAGGCUUGCCCGUCUGGUCGAGUCAGACAGAACUGCCACCGUUGCUCAGAUAGCAGAAAAAGUUAACGCCAUUUCGGACAAAAAGGUCUCCUCUCACACUGUGCACCGCAGCUUGUUGCGCAUGGGUCUACGGCGCAAGAAGGUGAACGAGUCCAUGCUGGCCAAUGUGCGCCGGCAAAAGCGACUGUUGUGGGCGCUGGAACAUGAGGAGUGGGCGGUGGAGCAGUGGAAGCGGGUGGCCUGGUCCCGAGAGGCGCGCUUUAGGUUUCACGAAGUCGGGGGACAAGUGGCAGUGCGUCGUCUGCCUGAGGAUGGAGAUGGAGAUGGAGACGCGUCAUACCAGAGCAGCGGCUACACAGUGACACUUUGGGGGAUGUUUUGCUGGGAGACUUUAGGCCCUGUUAUCCACGUGGACGACUUUCUAACCCCAAACACGUACACCAGCAUCCUCGCAGACCACGUCCACCCUUUCAUGAACUCCGUAUUCCCUGAAGGCUCUGGGUUCUUCCAGCAGGACAGCUCUUCCUCCUCCUCUGACAGUGUGCAGGAGUGGUUUGAGGAGCACGAUGAUGAGUUCAAGGAGCUGCCCUGGCCUCCGGAUUCCGCAGAACUCAAUCCCAUGGAGCAGCUGUGGGACGUGCUGGACCAACAGAUCAGGUCGAUGCACGCUUCGCCCCUCACCAGUCUGGAGGAGCUCAAGAACUUACUGCAGGCGUCGUGGACUCAAAUCCCCCAGGACACUUUCAGGGGUCUCGUAGAGUCCAUGCCACAUCGAGUGAAAGCAGUUUUACAGUCACGUGGAGGCCCUUUAAAUUAUGUGCCCGGGGGUCUUAGUAUAAUGGCUGAUGGAAGUUCAACCCCGCUUUAA